CUUUAUUGAGUCUCAGCUCCAGGGAGUUCCACACUUUUUGGUUUCCUCCCCAGCGUUCAACUUCCAAACAUUUCACUUGUACGCAGCAGGCUCGUCCUUUUAGGGAAUGUUCACCGGCGACUCGAAAUGGACUUGCCUGACGAUUAAACCACCUUAUAUGAAGUUGUCCGGGAGUCACCGCCCAAGUUCCUGUUCAUCCAGUUGGGCCAGUUGCUCCUAUCCACUCAGCCGCCGGGAAGGGCGACCAACGCUGUGCGCAGCCUCUAUGGGACAAUAGCAGAGUGCAUCCACACUCCUUCCUCUUCCUCCGUCCCCUCCCCCGCUCUCCACAGAUGCUAUCCCCCUAACAAACACUGUCACCCGCCCACACAGACAGUCCUCCUCCCACGCCGGUCACGGUGCACUCCCUCCAACACCACCACCGCCAGUCAGGCAGCGAGCGGCGGACGGAGGCUGUGUAAUCCUGAAUCACGGCCCGCCUACGCUCUCUUUUUGUGAUGGCGACUGUUAUUGUGGCUGCCGGAGCCCCUCUCCGGAGGCAAAGGGAGGAAGCACAGGAGGCGGCGUAAAGGGAGAACGGACACUUAUCAUCGGACUUCUGGAGGCUGCGCUUUGAAUGCGCGUUCAUGGGGCGUUGAAAGCACAUGAUGUGGCACCGGCUUCGCCGCCUCUUGCCAGUCAAAGAUUGGACCAAAAGUCAACUUUGGAAAUAUUCGGAACAUACUUAACCUGCGGCUAAGGAAUGCACUGAACAUGGAGGAAAGUACUUUUUGACUUCUAUCUAUCUUGAUUGUUAUCCUAAUAUCUUUGCUACUGGUGGUCACAAAAGACAAACGCUACCAAAAGUGCCUUUACUUUUGUACUCUACUUUCUACUGUCAUGUAAUUCUGUGACGUUACAUGCCACAUGCCACAAGUGAACAAAUAGCUGACAAUCUUCACUUUAGUUUUGUAAGGACUGCCAAGCAAACUCCUGUCCACGCCAGAUAGGCCUCAGACUGUCGGCGGAGCCUCGUCCCGCCCGUCGCCAUGGUUAAGUUGCAGUCCAAAUGGCGCUACCUGUUCAUGUUCCUGGGCAUCCAGCUGGUAGUCAUGGCGCUGCUGUCCCGGGAGGGCUACCAAAAGAGGGUCACCUACUUCAUACGCAUCUUCCGCAAGUCAGACGGCGCGGCAACGUCCGCCCGAAACCAGACCGCAGCCAAUGUGCCUGGAAGUGAUGUGUACGCGAACCUCUCCCUACUGUCCAGAGGUCAGAACAAUGGAGAGGUGGUUUACUACUGCCCCAAGACCUCCCCUCUCACAGUGGGGCCGAUACAUGUCAGCUUUCCGUCGGGACUCACCCUUGCCGACGUGCAGCGAAAGAACCCGCUUGUAGUGCGCGGCGGACGCUACCGGCCGCCCGACUGCGAGGCGAGGCACCGCACGGCCAUCAUCAUCCCGCACAGGCACCGUGAGCACCACCUCAGGUUCCUGCUCUACUACCUGCAUCCUUUCCUGCAGCGGCAGCAGCUCAACUACGGCAUCUACGCUAUUCACCAGGCUGGAAACUACACGUUCAACAGGGCCAAGCUGAUGAACGCCGGUUUUCGCGAGGCCAUGCGAGAAGAGGACUGGGACUGUCUCUUUUUCCACGACGUGGACCUCAUUCCCGAGGACGACCGCAACACCUACGUGUGCGACGCCAACCCCAAGCACGCCGCCGUCGCCAUGGACAAGUUUGGCUACAAGCUCCCGUACAAGAUGUACUUCGGAGGAGUGUCGGCGCUCACGCCUCUCCAGUACCUCAAAAUUAAUGGCUUUCCCAACAACUAUUGGGGCUGGGGAGGCGAGGACGAUGACAUCGGAAUCAGAGUGUCUUUGGGGGGAAUGUACAUCACACGUCCAUCUCUGAAAGUGGGACGCUACAAGAUGGUCAAACACAAACUGGACAAAGGCAACGAUGUCAACCCGAACAGGUUCACCAUGCUCACCAAGACGCGUCAGACGUGGAAACAGGACGGGAUGAACACGGCCGAGUACCAGGUCCUAUCCCGGGAGUACCUGCCCCUCUACACCAACAUCACGGUCAACAUCGGCACUGAGGCCGGCCUGCAUCCGCCUCUUCAGACCGCUGCCAAACCUGCAAAAUAAUAUUUUCUCACAUUCUGGCCUUACUUGCUAGCAGUUUUGUUCUUGUCAGGAUGGAAGCAACUACAAGAAGGUGAGACAAUUCUUCACAUUAGCAGCCAAAAUGGACUCCUAGUUAUACUGCAUAUAUCAAAUGAUAUUUAUAGCUGUAUCGUAUACAUUAAAUAAUAUUUAUAGCUAUACCGCAUAUAUCAAAUGAUAUUCAUAGCUGUACCGUAUACGUCAAAUUAUAUUUAUAACGUUACCGCAUAUAUCAAAUGACAUUUCUAGCUGUAUCGUAUACAUCAAAUGAUAUUUCUUGCUGUAUCGUAUAUAUCAAAGGAUAUUUUUAGCAGCUCUCCACUCUGCUUCCUGUGUUGUUCUUCCAAGCGAGUGUGAGACGUUGGACUCUGUGAGUUUGUAUAUCGACAGCGUCGCACUCGCUGCUCAAACCCGGUGAUGCCUUCGAAUGUCCUUGGCUCAUAUCUUGCAUGUUUGUUUUUUUUUUUUUGUUUUUUUUUUUGAGUCUUUUUGCCUUCUUUGUUUUCGAAACAUGUGAACACACCGAAACAUUCCAGCGACACUGAACUUGUCCUUCACAAACAAGGCAUGUUCUCGGUGUCGCCAUGAUGUGCUUAAAGGAGAAGAACUGGGAAGUUGGAAAUGUUCAACCUCGACGGAAUUAUAAAUAAAACACAUCAAUUUGAAAAAGUACCAUAAAUACUGUAAUUAUAGCCUAAGUAAUAAUUGAAUAUUGGCUGUUUUUUUUUUUUUUGGUGAAAAUGUAUUCAAGACAAGUACAGUAAAGCCUUGAUUUACAAACUUAAUUGGUUCUUUAACAGGGUUUAUAAAUCAAAGUUUGUAUAGUGAAGCAACUUUCUCUACAAGAAAUAAUGUAAAUAUGAAUAAUGGGUACCAGCCUGGACAAAAGUCUGUAUUUUAGUGACUGCUUGUACACUUUGAACGCAAUAUAAAGUGUUAUACAGUACUGUGUAUCAAACAUAAGGAGGUGAUGGAUCAAUUUUAUCGUUAACCAGCUGAACACACCAAAAUUCCUUUGCUGCCUUCACAAACAAUCAGAAAUCACAAAAAUCCUUAACUUUAACAACUAUAUUGUUACAAUACACACAAAAAAAGAAAGUAAAAUCCAUUAUAUUCAUAUUGACAAGGAGCUGAGGAGAAAGCAGCAGACAGACUGAGAGAAGGAAGGGUAGAGGUCAUGUUUUUUCCCCUUUGUGAAAUAAAUCUGCUGUGGCAUGUUUUUCCAGAUGAGUCCAAGUAAAACUUGCUAUGUACGAAGCCUGCUUCAACGAUUCUUCCGUACUUGUGAGCGCCAUUAUUGUGUAUUACUUGCAAAUAGUAAACAGUUUCCGCCUUCUUUCCACGCCGUUCUGUCGUCCUUUUUUGGACUCAGUGAGUUGACAAAAUGGAGAAAACAAGGCACUGAGUAGUGCAGCAAGACACGUGGAGGGCCCCGUCUCCUCACUAAAACGCAGAGCUCAGCUUUUUUUUUCCGACAGGCGGGGCACAAAGUGAAUGACAGAAGCGUUCGUACACAGAAACACAGUUGGCACAGGGAGGCAUAUUUGGCUCGGUCUAAAAGUAUGUCAAUCAAAAAGUUGGCAAAUAGAUGGGUUUGUAAACCGAUUGUACCAAUUUAAAUAGGAUAAGGGUUUGUAGUGCAUGAGAAAGUGGAAAGAGAAAAUGUAGCUCUUUGAUCACUUACUAGUUCGGGGCAAACUGCUCAGUCAGCGUUAAUAGUGCUGAUGAGCAGUUGAUGUUAAAUAGAAAAUCCCUCACAGAGGAUCUUGUUUCACCAUUUUGGACAUCUGCUGAAGCUUUUGUCAAUAACUUUUUGAGCGAUGUUGCUAACAAAGAGACAAAUAAUAAAGCGCUGAGCAAAGUUAGCAAGCGUCUGCAAUGCUGAGCAAUGCUGGGUACAACAUGGUGAUCCAGAUCAGCCCCAAAAUGUACUCGCUUGUUCUCUAUCCCAUUUCUGAUAUUUCCUAAGAUUUUCAUCAAAAUCCGCCAUUGACUUUUUUAAAGACUUAUGUUGCUAACUUAUAAACAUACAUGUAGUUGUAACAAAAGCAGCUACUGCCAUCUUGUGUUUAUUCUAUUAUCGUUCACCUUUUAAAACACAUGCCAAAUACUUUGCUUUUUGCAGCACAAAGAAAUAUGUUUUUGUAAUGUAAACAUAAGUUGUACACAACCCUUACAUUGUAUUCGUUGAACUUUGACCUGAGAGCCUGCGAGUGCGAACUUUUCUUAAUUCCCAGCCUUCUGUUGUGUUCUUCGGUCUGUGCAUGUCUUGGUCAUUAAAUUUUAUUUUAAUUUCAUCAGUGAACACUGAAAAACAAAAAAGCAACUGAUUUAAUUGACAUUUAUUUUCGAACACAAAACGGAAAGUUGGAAACCAAAACGUUUUUCCUUUUUAGUGUCGUAGAGCAAUAACUUUUUAAAAUUUAAAAUAUAUAUUUCCCAUGUUAGUCGCACCGGACUAUAAGCUGCAGAUAUAAAUGCAGUGAAAUUAGUUAAUUACACCAAAAUAUUUUGUGAAUGUUUAUUUACAUACCUUAAUUGUUUCUAAACGGUGUCUGUAACACGGCGGUAAAACAGCUUGUUAAAACUAAAACAAAGCAGAAGUCAUCGUCAUUGACCCACGAACUGCGCAGGGUAGCGCUCCAAUCAGCUUAAUGGAUUCAAUAACUCCAUGGUGACGUGUUGGUAAAUUUACAAAACUGAAACAACGCAAAAGGAAUAAAAUUGUAAGUUUAUUAUACUGUUAUUACGUGUUCGCAUAGUAGCUAAUGUUAACGAUGCUAGCGUCAUUACAUUAUGAUAACACAUUCAAGUAUACGUGAAAACACUCCUACAGACAUCACACAUGGGAAUUGUUUUAGUUAUAUUGUAAAAAAUACAAAUGUUGCUUUGAGUGAUGAAUGAUGAAUUAAUAUGAAUAGAUACACUAUGGACGGCUGGAAGACGAAAUAGCACUUCUACUUCCGGUUAAACGCACGAAAUGUAAAGACACUGCAGCUUUGUAGCACCUGUAGAUAGCGAACUCGUCCAAAAAAUGGCGGCAUAGCACAAACAAUACCACGCCUGUUUAGUGUCUUUGCCUGUUUUUUUUUUUUUUAAACUAUUUGCAUUAUUAUAAGCAAAGAAAAAUCCAUAAAAUAGUGCAUUGUUUUAUUAGCUGCAGGGUUCAAAGUGUAGGAAAAAGGUAGCGGCUUACAGUCUGGAAUUUACGGUAAAUAUAAAAAAACGGUUUAGUUUUAAUUUUUAUUUCAUAUAAUAAACAUUCAAUUCCCUGGUAAAGAGAUGAGGAAAACGGACCAAAACAUUUUUUUUUUUUCAUAUUCUGACAACAGAAAUUUUUAUUUUCAAAGUAAAACCGGGAUACUUCAGUACCUGUGUACCUGUGAGCCCUACAUUGAAACUAUUUUCGACAUGGCAUAACGACGCCCGGCAUAUAGAGUAAUGUGUGCGCACAUAUAAGUGGAGGCAAAGAAGGAUUUAUUCAUGCACUAUAUGACAGUAUUACACAGUAUUAUUUACAGGCCAGUCCGCGGUCCUGUCUUUAAAAUCACUACUUCCGGUUUCGGUGUCACAAUAUGAAAUAAAAGCCAAACAUACCUUUUAGUCCGUUUCUUAGUUUCUGUUGGUACGUGCGUAGAUAUUUAUGUAUACGUCAGUUCUCGUUCUUUAUCUUAAAUUAUUUAUGUGUAGGGCUCUAAAGAGUUUUUAGCCAGAGUAACAGCCACACAAGUAGCGUAUUAAUUAUCCCUGCUUUUACUUUGAAAAUAAAUCUUGCUGUGUCUGUAGAUUAAAACCUUCGUCAAGGUCCGUUUUUUCUUUUCUGUUUACUGGGGAUUUUAUUUGUGUUAUACAAAAUAUUAGAUGAAAAUCAAACCAUUUUUAAAUGUUAUUGCUCUCCAACACUUAAAAAAUUCAAACUCUUUGCUUUUUAAUUCAAUUUUCUGCAUUCAAAUUCAAAUAAACCGAAUGUUUUGUUUGUUUUUCAAUUUCUAUUAAUGAAAUAAAAAAAAUAAUGACAUAAAACACACACUGACUUUCCUCUUAUGCCUCUUGGCAAUACAUCAGCAAAACUCAACUACAAACAUUGAUGUUUGCCAUAGAUCAAAGACAUGUAUUUAAUCCUUAGGUAAGCGGCAUUUCCUUUCUAAUACAGUGAACCUCGAUUUACGAACCCCUCUAUAUGUCAUUUUUCAAAUAUUUCUACGUGGAUGAACACUUGAUUCAGGCAAGAAAGCAGGGCGAAACAUUUUUUGGACUUUUGACAAGUUUUGCCCAUUCUGCUAACUUGAUUUGAGUCCCGAAAACUCAACAGACUGAAAUGACUCUUUGCGUUGAGUAUAUUUGACCACAGCACAGCAUAUUAAGUAACUAUGCCAAGUUUUAGUUGUGAUGAGGCCGGUCUUUUCUGGAACGAGAUGCCAGAACACAUUUAUAUCACAGCGGAGAAGAAGACCGUAUCUCUUAGAGGUGGGGGAAAUAAUCAAUGUUUAGAUGCAUCACAAUUUUGACAUGGACGGUUAUAAAAUCGAUUUAUUUAGUGUAAAUAGUGCAGACAGUUCUAAAAAUUGUCUGACUGCAGCAAGCCACUUCAACUACAGAGAUCCGACUUGCUCAUUUAUUUUAGGACAAUUAUGUUUGAGUUUGGCACACAUUCUCAAUAGUUUAAUAAAUGUCGGAAUUGAUUUCACUGUUUCUUAUUAUAAAUACACUACUUUUAAAGGUCGCAAGUGAUAAAUGCCUAUUUAGUUAAACAAAAAUAACUGUAAAACUGCAUCAAUAUACAUAGAGUAAAUUAAAGGUGAAUAAAUAAUCAAUUUUUAAUUGAAGGGUAGCUCCUGAAUCGUAAUCAAAUAGCGAGGUGCCCAAAGAUUCCUGCCUCUUGUAUCUCUUUUUUUGUUCUCGAGUGGCCUCUUGCUCUUCCAAAGCACAAACUCGCAGAGACGCACGGCCCCCCUCUCCCGCCGUUCCCCACCCCGUUUAUUUUCUCUCUCCCUCGGUCUGCUCCUUUCUCGUCAGUUCUCUGCCACUGUUAAUGUGUGUGCGGUUUACUUUUUUUUAAUUAUGUUAUAUUAUUGUAGCAGUAUGGUUGUUUAAGUCAAGGGUUGUGUGCGUGCGCGUUUCCAUUUGGACUUUUUUAUUACACACAAAGUUGAUCCAUCACCCCCCUGUUAUGUUUGUUCGAUACACAGUACUGUAUAUCAAUAUAUAUUGUAGGGGUGUGGGAAAAAAGCGAUUUGAAUACGUUGUGCGAUUCAGAAUGGAUUCUCAUUUUUAAAAAACACAAUUUUUUUUUUUUGUAUCAUUCCAACAAACCACUACACAGCAAUACCAUAACAAUGCAAUCCAAUUCCAAAACCAAACCCGACCCAGCAACACUCAGAACUGCAAUAAACAGAGCAAUUGAGAGGAGACACAAACAUGACACAGAACAAAACAAAAGUAGUGAAACAAAAAUGAAUAUUAUCAACAACAGUAUUAAUAUUAGUCAUAAUUUCAGCAUAGCAGUGAUUAAAAAUCCCUCAUUGACAUUAUCAUUAGACAUUUAUAAAAAAAAUUAAAAAAAGAACAAUAGGGUCACAGUGGCUUACACUUGCAUCGCAUCUCAUAAGCUUGACAACACACUGUCCAAUGUUUUCACAAAGAUAAAAUAAGUCAUAUUUUUGGUUCGUUUAAUAGUUAAAACAAAUUUACAUUAUUGCAAUCAGUUGAUAAAACAUUGUCCUUUACAAUUAUAAAAGCUUUUUUUUUUUUUAAAUCUACUAAUCUACUUGCAUGUCAGCAGACUGGGGUAGAUCCUGCUGAAAUCCUAUGUAUUGAAUGAAUACAGAAUCGUUUUGAAUUGGGAAAAACAUCGUUUUUGAACCGAGAAUCAAAUCGAAUUGAAAAAAAUCGAUAUAUUAUCGAAUCGUGACCCCCAAGAAUCGAUAUUGAAUCGAAUCGUGGGACACCCAAAGAUUCGCAGCCCUAAUAUAUUGUGUACAAACCUUUACUGAAAUAUGGACUUUUGUCGAGGCAUUAUUCAUAUUCACAUAGUUUAUUAUGGAGAACUGUGCUUCACUAAACAAACUCUUAAAAUUACGCACCGAUCAAGUUUGUAAAUCAAGGUUCCACUGUAUCAUUGUUGCAACAAUGAAAUCCUAUAAAAAGCAGGUUGAUGAUGCUGUUCAAUUUUAACAGCAACAUCCACUUUUCCAUUUCAACUUUUACCAUCCAGCUUGACCAUUUUUUAAAUUGAUUUGGGGAAAAAGCUCCUUUAAAAAAAAUCUAAUUAGUUUUUUUUGUACAUUUAGACACAUGCAAAAAGAUCCACAGUCUUUAUCCCGGGCAUGCUUAUUCCGUGUUCUACAUGUCAUUACAAUGUUCCCGAUGUUUGCUGUACAACAGGUGGACAUUUGUUAUAUUGUUAAAACACAACUUUUAUUUUAUAUCACUUUAAAAAUGUGUAUAUUUUGUCUGAGGGAUCUUUUUCUACUUGCUUCUACUUUGGAUCGCGUGUUUAACGUUGAAUAUCCUUCCUUCCAUAUCUUAUUCAAAAAAAGGGGACAACUGUCACCGUGAUCGGAUCUUUUUUUUCUCCAACCCGCAAAAACUACCACAAUGUGUGCAUUCAUCGUUAAAAAAAGCUCCUCAGUUGAAAGUGAAACCAAAGAUGACUUCACGCUUCUUCUCCACGGUGAUUUCUUUUCGAUUGCUUUGAUCUUUUUUCAGCCAAUGUGAGUUUCUGAGGACUUGCUUGGCACACAGCACUACUUCUUUGAUGCCGUUAGUGACGCGUGCUUGAGACUAAGGAACACAACAUGUAGCCAAAGUGCAGUUUUUUUGUUUUCUUUUAUUACGUUUUUAGCAUCAUUUGACUUGACUCCUUUGUGAUACUACAGGUUUAGUCCUGGACCAGCCGCUGUUAGCUAGCUAGCCCUGCCUUCAUGUGUGUGUGUGCGUGUGCGCGGUUUCAGUGCACAAGAGUGGCCUUAAAUUCAGUAAUAAUAAACGUGUUAUUGCAAAGA